AUCGGCGCACGCGCAGCGCUUGCUCGUGUAGGGCUCAUACGUCGAGCUUUGAACUACGCAUUGAUCGUUUCGAGCCCCCGCGCGCGCACCUGGACCGCAGAAGGAGCCGCCAGCUGCACCCUAUAUAUACACCGCUGCCUGUAAGCCAUGCUGCAGGCGAUCGCCCAGAGCAUCGAUGGCACCGCGUUGAGUUGGGCCGCGGGCUGCUGCCUCGUCGCCGGCGCCGCCUACGCGGCGCUCCGGAAGCAUUGGGCGUUCAGGACGCGCUUCGAGGCGAGCGUGCGCGCCGUCGAGGCGGCGCAGGGCGCCUACGUCGGCCUCAGCGCCGCGCAUCACCUUCUGAUGAAAGGCGGCCCGCUGCCCGUGGUUUUAGUCCAGCGCAUGGCGGGGUAUCUGUGGUUCGACACUUUAUAUGAAUGCGUGCUGCCCCUCGUGAAAGGGACUUCCAUCUCAAUCCCGUUCCUCGCGCACCAUCUUGUCGGAUUGGCGGCGCACGGCCUGGCCAAGACGCACGGGCCCCUGCGGGCGGUGACGGCGCACGUCUACCUCGCGGAGCUCUCGACGCCGUCUCUCCACAUUUCCUGGUUCCUCAAGCAGCUCGGCCGGAGCCGUACAACUUUAUAUUUCGUCAACGGGCUCGUCGGCGCCGUCGCCUAUUUAGUUUUCCGCGUCGCGUGGCCGCCGCUGUUUGUGUACUGGAACCGCGAUGCAAAGCCGUGGGACGCGGCGCGGGCGGGCGUCCACACGGCCUUUCUGAUGUGCUCGGCGGUCUUCUGGGCGCUGAAUCUGUUCUGGUUCCGGAAGCUCGUCGCGAUGGCGCGCGGGGCGCGGCGGAAGGCGACGUAGGAGCCCUGUGUAAGUAUCGUCCCU